AUGGAAUGUGCCCUCAAGAUUAUCGGCCAUGACAAGAUGCUCGUCAGUGAAUUGGAAGUCGACAGUAAAGGCAAUGCUGUCAAGGUCCCCCACAGUAUGAACAAAGCCUCAGACAAGAUCAGCAACUCUCGAAAGGCCUUUUUGGACACCAACUUCGGUGUGGCAACCAGGGGCUAUAUGAAGUCCAUCAACCGCCUCGACAAGUCGAUCCUCCAGGACAUCUGGGGCUGCAUGAAGGAGAUCGCUGCGAGGAGGCAUGGUGCGCCCCCCACUGUGGAAGAAGAUUCUGAGGAUGAGCGUGCGCUCAUCUUCGAUACCUGGUACUGUCCUUUUCUGUCAUUUUAUAGUGUCUCCCAACUGACGGAUUUUGGUGCUACUUUCUGUUUUAUAGAGUGA